CCUUUACCUGGACCUGACCGUCCCUUCAAUCAGGCCAGAAAAAGGGGUCGCCCCAAAUCCCAAACCUCGAGCUUGGACGAACCCCAACCCAGACACUCCCCCAAACCUACCCAAGCUGAGAUGCUCCCUCAUGGGCAUGAUGAGACUCCGGACCCCCAUGUGCUCAACCCAGUGCUGGAUCACAGUCCCACCCUCACCAAUCCCUCUUGCCCCAACCCCACGCCCAGGAAACGAGGUCGCCCCAGACGGCUGCCCCCCUCCCCCCUCCUCCCCAAACAGACUCCCCAGGACCAGAACAGGGGUACACUGACCCCCUCUGGAGGUGAGGAGGGGGGUAAAGACUUCCCCUCUGAAAAGGGGAACAGGAAGCUGAGGAUGAGGAGCAUCAUCGGAGAGAUGAAGAGGAGGAAGAAGAGGAGGCUACUCAGGGAAAUGCUUUCUGGGUGUGGAGGGGGGAAGGAGGGGAGAGGAAGAGAGGGAGGUAGAGAGAACUCUCGUGGGUGUGCAGGAGGGGUGUGUGGGUCGGCCACAGCACCCUCCCUGUCCUCCUCCUUUGGGGGUAAACUAGGUCCCCAGAUCAACGUGAGUAAGAGGGGGACCAUCUACAUGGGGAAGAGGAGAGGACGCAAACCCAAAGCUCCAGCUAACUCUAACCCUGCCUCUCAGUCCACACUGUUCACCAGUCUCUCUAGUUCCUCGCUCUUCUCCUCUCCCCAGCCCCAUCCUCCCCUCUCUCACCCAUUCCCCUCCCCAUCUCUCACCCACUCCAGUGGAGCCCAGAGCCCUUACAGUGAUGGAGGCUGCACAGAACCUGCUCCCUCCCUCUUCCUCCCCCACACCUUCUCCCUCCCCUCACCCUCCUCCUCCUGCGCAUCGCCACGUCCUCUCUCCUCCUCCUUCUCCUCCUGCUCAUCCCUCUCUCCCUCCCUAAAGAGGAGUUCUCCAGGUCAGGGACGACAUCCUCUCUUCCACCAUCCCUCCAGCAGACUCUCUUCUCCUCUUCCUCACACUCUUUACCCCCAUCUGCCUGUCUUCCCCACACACCUGAAAGAGGCCACACCCUCACCUAUCAAUAAAUCACACAGCAAGGAGAUGUUGCCUAGUGAUAGUGUGAUUGGAAUGGACCACAACACUACCUCAGAGAGGGGGGAGAGGAGGGGCCGAGGGAGAGGGGGGGUAACCAUGGGAAUGACCUCAGAUGUCACCCGGUCAGUGUUCCGGACAGGUUUAGGGGUCAACCUGAAGGGUCAGAGACAACCCUCACCCUCCAUGUUACUAGAACACCCCCUGUACCCUCACCCAUCAGAGUGUCAGCCUCACCCCCCUCUCCCCCCUCUGCCUCCCCCAGACACACGCCUCCUUCUGACUUAG